GAUUGCGAGCUUCAGUAAGUGGAGCAACCCCAAUGUCCGACGGUUCGAGCCAGUAAGCAUGCAACAACGUUGGUCCACAACGUCAACCCAACGUCGGUACAACGUCAGCCAACGUCGUUGGGAGCUUCUUUUGAGUUCACAGUGCACGUUAGCGACUCCGCAAGUUGCUUGCCGUUCCUGGAUCUCCGUUGGAGCACGGCCGAAGUGCGCAUGGCAGAGACCUCCGACUCCUCUGUGAGGCAGAGAUGCUUCAAGAAGAUAUCGGUGGAAGGCAACAUAGCGUGCGGGAAGUCAACGCUCGUGAAGGUGCUGCAGAAGUUACGCCCGAAUUGGCACGUGGUCCCAGAGCCUCUGGAGAAGUGGCAGAACGUGGUGGGCAGAGAGUCUGGAUCAAUGCCGGCCGAAAUGGGGGCGGCAUCUAACCUCCUGGGCUUACGUCUGGGCGACCCCAAGCGCUGGGCUUAUACGUUCCAGACGUGGGCGACUCUGAGCCGUCUCCAUAUCGCUCUCGCUGCCAGCCACCCUCCCGAGCGUCACACAGUCUACGAGCGCUCGGUCUACAGCAAUCGGUACGUGUUCGCCGCCAGCCUGCAUGAGCAGGGCAGCAUGAACGACACGGAGUGGGUGGUCUACCAGGAGUGGCAGGGCUGGCUGCUUUCGGAGUUGGACAAACGCGUCGAGCUGGAUGGAAUGGUUUAUCUUCGCGCCGAGCCGGAGGCUUGCCUGGCGCGCAUGCGAGUGCGGAAUCGGGAGGAGGAGCGAGGCGUGGGGCUGGAGUACCUCGACGCGCUGCACAAGCGGCACGAGAACUGGCUGGUGGAUCGCACAACCGUGGUCCAUCACCCGUGCAGCAGUGACACUCCCGUCUUGGUGCUCGAUGCCAACCAGGACUUUGAGUCAAACGAGGAACUUCAGGCUGAGCUUAUCAACCAGAUUGAAGACUUUUUAGACAAGAUAUGAAAUUUCUGCUUAUCGAGAAUGGCAGCGAUGGUGUAAAUCGUUUCAAGAAAUGGUCAAAUUUUCAACUGGUGCCGAGCACGCUCUCAAAGGUGGAAGUAGAUUUACACGAUAUUUGCACUUCAUGAGUUAUUUAUAUUUCCUGAAAUAAAAAAAAUAUUUAUACUAAGUGCCCCCUUUGAAAAAAAAACAGAUGUUAAGUUUACCAUUGACAUUGUAAGUUGGUGUACCAGUAUUAUAAAUGAACUUGUUGGUUAUUCUAAUAUCUUAAAAGUGUGAACAUUU